AUGGACAUUUCCAAAACUUGGCAGAAGUAUAAGCAAGAAAUAAAAACGUGUCUGUGUUUUUCUGUGAUGGGACAGAGAAGAUUUAGGAUUUCAAUGGGUACCCUUAUUGCUUCUCCGGAAGCAGGAGAUGCAUUGGUUAACAUCAUACCACAAAUGAAGGAAUAUUGUAUCACUGGUAACCACUCAAAGAACUUUAAUUAUGAAAUGUCAGGAAGGGACAAUAUUGUUCGUAGAAGCUUAAUAUGCUCAUUUGAUUAUAACAAUAAAAAUGAUACAAAUGAAAAUGACUGUGAAGGAGGACUACUGAUGCAAAAUGAUAUAUGUGAUGAAAUCAGCAGUGAUAUAGUAACUGAUACUUGUCAGUUUCCUUAUUAUAGGAGUAGUAAGCACUGUACACAAUGUUCAGAUACGGUCUUAGUAAAAGAUGUGGGUAUAUCAUGCAAGCUUUUAAGUCAGAAUGGUCAUGAAACAUCUAUUUCAGAAACAAAAAGCUAUUUAGUUGAACAGCUUAAAAGAGAGUACAGUGAUUUGUUUAAUAUUACAAAUAAAAUAACUGCGUACACAAAAGAUAUAUUACAACAUUUAUCAAAGAAAGACCAAAAAAAACAGGGAUUGUUCCAAAACUUGGUUUCUUCAAAACAUGCAGUAGCAUCUCAGUAUGUAAAUAGUGAAGGUAAUCUUUGUUUGAAGUUAAGGCUCUUGAAUAAUACUGAAACACAAUCUACUCGCCAAACCGUUAAAAAAUAUAAUGAUACAACAUCUCACAAAGGAAAUAUUGUAGAGAAACCAAAAAAUGAAUAUUGUAAUUUCUUAACGCGUUUGUAUACGACGAAAAAUCAGAUUGUCUAUAAUACCAAACAUAAAAAAGAAGCUCAAACAAUUUUCCUUGGUAGAAAGGUGAAGACAAGUACAUCAAGUUUUUCAUCACAGAAAACCUCUUCUAUUUACAAUUAUUUAACGAUGAGAAAAAGAAAAUCAUCAAAUGAAAUGUUAAAAUCUACAUUAAUAAAUAAUUAUAAAAAUAAUGAUCAUAAAGAGCAUUUAAAACAAUGUAGUUCAAUUACAUUCACUAAUUGGAAAGAAAUUUCGAAAUCUAAACAGUCAAAAACUAAAAUACUGUCCGCCAGUUCCAAUAAAUCACGUGCAACGAUCGAAAUGAAAAGACUAAGUUCUCAAACUCAGUCCUUCAAUUAUAGAAAUAACAACGUACCGAAUUCAAAGUGUCAUACUAUCAAUAUUCGAAUUAUAAAACAUAAUAAGAAGAUAUAA